GCGAUAAUCUGACUAGUCUCAAGACUAGAAUUCCCACUCUCCCCACGCUUAUUUGCUGUGUGCCCUGCGUGAUGCCGUCAUCUGCCGCGGUCAGCUGGCGGUGAGUCGGCCACGGGCAAAAAAAGCAGCUUCACACUCCGCAGUCCCGCCUGGCUUGAUGCUGUCGCUCCCUGAGUCCUUUGUUCCUUUAGAUCUCUUGUGCAUUCUUCCAGCGGGCUUUCACAGUCAAUCAAUAUAGUGAAGCCAGCCCUUCACUUCGAUCCCACCGCCAUGUCGAUCACUUCAUAUAUCCUGACGGGUAUCAGCUCGUUCGUGGUCCUCACGUUGUCACUGUUCGCGCUGGGUCAAAAAGUGCCCCGCGCUGCUUUUGCUGCCCGCUGCCUUGCUGCCUAUGGCUCCCUCCUCCUAUGCGCAACCUACGGCGUUAUCGCUUCGAUCGUCCUCCGCCUCGCUGGCUAUGGCCGGAUCUCUCAAUGGGCCACUGCCCGCAGCUUCAAGUGGGUAAUGCGGUAUACCACCGGUGUGACAUUCGAUAUCAUCGAGGGUGAAGAGUAUCUUGCCACUCGCCCGGCUAUCUUCGUUGGUAACCACCAGACCGAGUUGGAUGUCCUCAUGCUUGGCGCUAUCUUCCCUCCUUACUGCAGUGUCACGGCAAAGAAGUCCCUGCGCAAUGUGCCCUUCCUAGGAUGGUUCAUGACUCUUUCCAGGACGGUGUUCAUUGACCGUGCCAACCGGGAGAAUGCCAUGAAGGCGUUUGAUGGUGCGGUGAAUGAGAUGCGUACUUACCGCCAGAGUGUGUUCAUCUUCCCUGAGGGUACACGGAGUUACUCCGAUGAGCCCAUGCUUCUGCCGUUCAAGAAGGGUGCUUUCCACCUGGCGGUCAAGGCUGGUGUGCCUAUCGUGCCCGUCGUGACUGAGAACUACUCCCAUGUGAUGUCUCCUCGCAACCUGCGUUUCAAUGCAGGCUCUAUCAAAGUCAAGGUACUGCCUCCUAUCGAGACCAAGGAUCUGACUCCUGCCGAUGUGGAUCAGCUGACCCAGUCUACCCGUGACUCCAUGCUCAAGGCUAUUCUGAGCAUGGCACAGGAGGGCAGCAAGGUCGAAUCUCCUCGCGCUAAUGGUGUCUCGUCCGCCAUUGAGAUUUGAGAAAGCCAGUAUGCAGCACCAGUACUUCCACUGCCUCAAGUUAAGGGCACCAAAACCUCACCCUUGACAUCUCCCCAACCCAAUUCAGGAAAGACAUCAGCCACAUCUUGAUGCUGAGAACUUCCUUUCUCCCUUCCGGUAUAUACCCUUUAUCGCCAUUGCAAAGCAUUUACACAUAGAAGAAGAACACGAUUCCCUUUCUGCAGGCAGUUCUUCUGCCACCCAUCCCUCAGAUGAUACAGUGCCUCGGUCGCAUUUCGAGUUAAUUGGUAGAUUGUGAUCUACCUUUUACUCCCACCUUUGGCGCAUGCUUUUUGUUUGUGGAGGUUCUCACCUCUCACACCUGCCCGAUCUUACUUGCACCAUUUUGGGUCCCUCAAUGUCCUGCAAUCCCCCUUUAUGCCCUUUCCACGCUUCUGUCUC